AGAGACAGUACUGCCCUCCCCCCUACUCUCUUAUCACGCCUUUCAGACAUAAAACUGGGCCGAGCACAUGUCCUAAACAAACCUCUUCAGCUCUGCCAAGCACGCAUUUAGCUCUGCAGUGUGACUCACUGCAGUUUCCUGGUAAGCCCGCUGCGGUUUGGAUGUCUGUCAGUCGCUGUUUUCACUGGUGUUUUCCGACUAAAGCAGUUUUGUGCAUACAGGUGGAGACAAGUGAAGGAUGUCAGACAACCAAGAUAUGAUGGAAAUGGGGGUAAACGGAGCCUCCAAAGUUUCCCGUUCAAGACAUCCGUUGCAAGGCGCCACAGUCAGUUUCCACAAUAUUCACUACAGGGUGAAACAGGGAGGUGGAUGUUUUUGCCGAAAGAAGGCCACGACCAAAGACAUCCUCGUCGACCUCAAUGGGAUCAUGAAGCCGGGUCUCAACGCCAUCAUGGGAGCGACAGGAAGCGGGAAGUCAUCGUUUCUGGAUGUUCUGGCAGCCAGAAAGGACCCUGCAGGUCUGACAGGAGAGGUCCUGAUCGACGGAGCCCCUCAGCCCCCGAACUUUAAGUGUCUCUCUGGCUAUGUGGUUCAGGACGAUGUGGUGAUGGGGACUCUGACGGUCAGGGAAAACUUCACCUUCUCUGCAGCCCUGCGGCUCCCAUCAAGCAUCAGCCAGAAGGAGAAGAAGGCGAAAGUUGACAGACUGAUCAAGGAGCUGGGACUGGGCCGAGUGGCCGACUCCAGGGUGGGCACUCAGCUGAUUCGUGGGAUUUCUGGUGGCGAGAGGAAGAGGACAAACAUUGGGAUGGAGCUGAUUAUCGACCCGCCCGUCCUCUUCCUGGAUGAACCCACCACGGGCCUCGACGCCAGCACGGCCAACUCUGUGCUGCUGCUGCUCAAGAGGAUGGCAAACAGUGGUCGCACCAUUAUCCUCUCCAUCCACCAGCCUCGAUACACCAUCUACCGCCUCUUCGACAGCCUCACCCUGCUAGUCAACGGUCAUCAGGUUUAUCACGGCCCAGCGCGGAGUGCACUGGAGUACUUCUCAGACAUUGGAUACACCUGUGAGCCCCACAACAACCCUGCUGACUUCUUCCUGGAUGUCAUCAACGGAGACUCGACCGCCGUCGCCCUCAACAGUGGGAAAACAGAAGAUCCAGAUCUAGAGCCGGAUUCAGAAUCGAUGUCAAAGUCCCGAAGAGGGAUUGAGGAGAAGCUGGUGGAGGAGUACAGAAACGGUCAACACUUCAAAGAGACCAAAGCAGAGCUGGAGAGGAUCGUCCAGGGAAAGAAGGUGGUCACUACUACUCCCUUCAGAACCAUCACCUACACCACCGGCUUCUUCACGCAGUUCAGAUGGGUUCUCAAGAGAACAUUUCGCAACCUCAUACUCAACCCGCAGACCUCCAUCGCUCAGGUAGCAGUAACAGUCUUCCUCGCUCUGGUUGUUGGAGCCCUUUUCUUCAAUGUCCAAGAUGAUUCGAGCGGAAUUCAGAACAGGACUGGCGCGCUGUUCUUCGUCGUCGUGAAUCAGUGUUUCAGCUCCCUGUCAGCUGCUGAACUCUUCAUCACAGAGAGGAAAAUCUUCACUCAUGAGUAUAUCAGCGGUUACUACAGGGUAUCGGUCUACUUCCUGUGUAAGAUCUUGUCUGACAUCAUCACACUGAGGACCAUCCCCGCUAUCGUCUUCACCUGUGUGGCAUACUUCAUGGUUGGUCUGAAGCCGACAGCUGGGGCCUUCUUCUUCUUCAUGCUCACUGUCGCUCUGUGUGCCUACACCGCCACGUCCAUGGCUUUCGCCAUCUCAGCUGACCAGACAGUGGUGGCCAUCGCUAACAUCUUUAUGACGAUCACCUGCGUCUUCAUGAUGAUCUUUGCAGGACUACUGGUGAACAUCCCCUCCAUCGCCAGCUGGCUCGCGUGGUUGAAGUACUUAAGUAUACCCAGAUAUGGCCUCAGUGCUCUGCAGGCUAAUGAGUUCACCGGGCUGACAUUCUGUGAGAAAAUGAAUACUACUCUCGGCCAGCAAUACUGUUACAGUGGCGAGAAGGUUCUGGAGGACCAGGGCGUCAAUUACUCCCUCUGGGGCAUGUGGCAGAACCACUUGGCCUUGUUCAUCAUGACCAUCUGCUUCCUCAUCAUAACUUACCUGAAACUGCGCUUCAUCAAGAAGUUCACCUAAACACUGCUGACUCAGGGUUGUUGGUCCUGAAUGUUUUUGUCUUAUCUGUUCUUUUCAAGUUCAGGUUCAGUUUUCAUGUCAUUUAUUCAGGUUAUAAAUACAGAUCUAUAAUACUGAUUUUUUUCCUUACUUUUUCUAUUUUGUAAA